AUGUAUACGAAGUCAUAUAAUCGUUCUGCUUCCAGUUCCACCUCCCAAAUUUUGCAAACUGAUCCGUAUUCAGUCGUUCAUCGUGGAAACCAAAGCCGACGCUACCGAUCUACUCUAGUGUACGCCAAUGAUUACGCUACUGAGGAAAGUAGAAUUGAGGGUCUUUUCUGUGAUGAGACUGCUCUUCACCAGUUUCUCGAUCGGGUCACUCCUAUCAUUUGCACACACCUAGAACAAAAUUUACGUAGCAAAGCUUGGGAUAGGUAUGUCAAAGACACUUAUGAACCCAUCGAAGCACUUUCCGAACCAAUUCUCCGACUAAACUAUGCCCCCAAAUCAUUGAAAGAAACGCUAGCAGUUAUGUUCCAUCGAUGUUGCGUGGAAUUCAACCGGCUCCGUGGUGGCCGUUUCGUAUCCUUGAGAAAUUGUAUUCAAGUUAAUCGCAGGGUUCCGCUAAUAUCCACAGAUAGAGGUAACCGCAGAUAUGGGCAGGACUUUCAUGUCAACUGGUGCACGCAUACGGCGUACCUAGCACUAUGGAAUGUAACCAAAAGUCACGUUGAUCCCGUAAAACCUGAUUACAUCUUCGAAACUAAUUGCUGUGUAAGCUCAAUGGCUUUCUGCAACGAGGACGCACCUCUAGUUGCCGGGGGAACCGUUUCUGGUGAACUUAUCAUUUGGAGUCUCUCAAAGGAAGGUGACAGUCGUGUCGCCGCAUGUGGCUGCAUUGAGGGGGGGCAUCAGGACUCGGUCACCGGGAUCUUUUGGAUUUCACAAAAGGACCUCAACACCUACACCUCUAGCUUCACCACGGAACAUCACCUGGUGACAGUUGGAGCUGAUGGUCGAAUUAUUUGUUGGAACCUUCAGAAGAUGCAUUCAUCGGUGUUCAGUUUGAAGCCGGUGAGAAUUUACCAAGUCACAGGAAAGGACCAAUCGAGCGGGUCACUGAGAGAUGUCAAUGCCUGCAGCAAAAGCAGCGAGGGCCUCGGGUCGGAGGGUGCUACGCAUUCGGUGGGAAUCUCGACAGCGACGUUUUCGCCGCACUCUACAGAAACGAACCUUGGCCAUCCGCUUCAUCUCCCUCUCUUUCUCCUCGGCACUGAGAGCGGCGGAGUGCUGAUAGCGCAUCUCGAGGUGCUCCACUGGACUUCUUCCACCUCUGGUCCUGAAUUCACAAACGCGCUUGCAUCACCGGUUAAGUAUGUUCUGGCACGAUACUUCGCGCCUAUCCACUGCGUGGCCUGGAGUUUCUCCGACCGAAACCUUGCUACCGUCAGUGGAGCCUUUCCUGGUGUUCAUAUAUACAACAUCCUCGAACGUACCCGUAUCUACACGCUGGGUACAGAGGAGGGCCAGAUCUUUGCUAUGUACUUCCUUCACAGUCCAUCCUCUCGCAGUUAUCAGUACCGAUCACUGUUAGCCUGCGGUUCCGCGCGCGGUACGAUCACGGUCUAUGACCUCCGCUAUGGCAGCGACGUCAGCGGUGAUAGCAACGAGGGCGAGGUUUUUGUGUCCACCAAGCGUUGCGUACUGCAAUGCCGCACAGAUGCGAGCGCUGCCAACCCCGUCAUGUGUAUGGCCUCUAGCGAUGGCGUGUGA